AUGCAGCAGGAAAUCAGGCCCUUAUUGGCAGUGGAUAUAAUUGAACAACUUCACAGACAAUUUGCCAUUCUUUCAGGAGGCCGAGGGAAAGACGGUGCCCCAGUCAUCACUUUUCCAGAGUUUGUGGGGUUCAAACACAUCUCAGACGAGGACUUUCUGAAUGUCAUGACCUACCUGACUAGCAUCCCCAGUGUGGAGGCUGCCGGCAUCGGGUUCAUCGUUGUUAUCGACAGACGAAGGGACAGGUGGAGCUCCGUAAAAGCAUCCUUGACACGAAUAGCUGCAGCAUUUCCGGGAAACUUGCAGCUCAUAUUCAUCCUUCGUCCGUCUCGCUUUAUCCAGAGGACAAUCACUGACAUUGGUAUUAAAUACUAUCGAGACGAAUUUAAAAUGAAAGUACCGAUCGUUAUGUUAAAUUCUGUCUCUGACCUUCAAGGCUACAUUGACAAAAGCCAACUGACAGAGGACUUGGGGGGGACUUUGGAAUAUCGCCACAGUCAGUGGAUAAAUCACAGAACUGCCAUCGAAAACUUUGCCUUGACAUUGAAGACCACUGCCCAGAUGCUUCAGAUGUUUGGGACCCACCUGGCCACGACCAGGCUGCCCAGAAGCGUGCCAUCCACUGAAGAGCUUCUCAUGUCCCACACAAAACAGCGGGACAAGCUGCAGGAUGAGCUAAAAUUACUUGGAAAGCAAGGGGCCACAUUGCUGUCAUGUAUUCAAGAACCGGCAACCAAAAAUCCCACCUACAAACUCAAUCUCAAUCAACUUGAGAAUGUAGCCACCAUGGAAAGGUUACUAGUUCAGUUGGAUGAAACAGAAAAAGCCUUUAAUCAGUUUUGGUCGCAGCAUCACCUGAAGCUUAACCAGUGCAUACAGCUGCAGCACUUUGAGUGCAAUUUUUGUGAGGUUAAGCUUGCCCUGGACAACUUGUUGGCAGAGCAAGCAGAGUUUACAGAUGUCGGAGACAGUGUGAUGCAUGUGGAGCAACUUCUUAAAGAACACAAAAAACUGGAAGGAAAAGGCCAGGAGCCCUUGGAAAAAGCCCAGCUGCUUGCGAUAAUUGGGGACCAGCUCAUCCAAAGCCACCACUAUGCAGCAGACUCUAUCAGACCCAAGUGUGUGGAGCUGAGGCACCUCUGCGAUCACUUUAUCAAUGAAAACAAGAAAAAAUAUGACAUUUUAGGAAAGUCUUUGGAGUUGCAUAGACAGCUGGACAAGGUCAGCCAGUGGUGUGAAGCUGGAAUCUACCUCUUGGCUUCCCAAGCUGUAGACAAGUGCCAGUCGCGAGAGGGUGUUGACGCUGCACUGAACGACAUUGAGGCAUUCCUGGAAACAACAAAGGAGUGCCAGCUGCCCAGAUCCAAGGAGUUUUACAACCAGUUAGAGCUGGUCCUCACCCCUGACAGAAAGGCCAGAGCCCAGAAAGUCCUACAGAAGCUGGGAGAUGUACAGGAAAUAUUUCACAAGAGGCAAAUGGGUCUGAUGAAACUGGCAGCCAGGCAGACUCGCCCGGUACAACCUGUCGCCCCCCAUCCUGAGUCCUCUCCAAAAUGGAUGUCACUGAAAACCAGCCACGCUUCCCCCUUGGCUCCUCUUCAGAAAACAUCUGAGGAACCUUAUGUGGAGACAGAUUUGAACUCCCUGGAAAAAGUAGAUGACAAGACUAAAUAUGAAGGCAAGAAAGAAGAAAUACUUGAAAGCAGUCAUGAUGGGGAGAACCCUGAGUGGGAGCAGGUUGACAGUCCUGAAAAUCUUUCCCCCAGCAGGAGCAUUAUACGUGACUUGCUUGAGACUGAAGAGGUUUAUAUAAAAGAAAUGAAGAGCAUAAUUGAUGGAUACAUCACUCCAAUGGAUUUUAUUUGGCUGAAGCAUCUGAUUCCAGACGUUCUUCAGAACAACAAGGACUUUCUCUUUGGGAAUAUUAGAGAACUUUAUGAAUUUCACAACAGGACUUUUCUAAAAGAAUUGGAAAAGUGCACUGAAAAUCCUGAACUUCUGGCUCGUUGCUUUCUCAAGAGAAGAGAAGAUCUUCAGAUGUAUUUUGAAUACCAUAAGAAUCUGCCCCGAGCCAGGGCAAUCUGGGGAGAAUGUCAAGACUGCGCCUACCUUGGGGUAUGCCAGCGCCAAUUGGGCCACAAUCUCCCUCUUUUUAAAUAUCUUAGAGGACCAAGCCAGAGACUCAUAAAAUACCAGAUGUUGUUGAAGGAUCUGCUGGAUUUUGAGUCUCCUGAGGAUCUGAAGAUAGACCCAGGUGACCUAGAAGGAUGUUCGGCUAAGAACGAGCCAACGAGGACCAAGGACCCCGCGUUCCUGGCUGAACUGCGACAGGCUGUGGCCAUGAUGGAGGAGCUGAUCAAGUCCUGUGAAUUGGCCGUGGACCUGGCAGCAGUCACUGGAUGUCCGGAAGACAUGGGCGCGCUGGGCCGGCUGCUGCUGCGGGGCCUCUUCAGCGUCUGGACGGUGCGCAGGGAGCGGCACAAGGUGAAGGAUUUCAUGCGAUUCAAGCCCAGCCAGCGGCAAAUCUACCUGUUUGAAAAGGGAAUCGUGUUCUGUAAGAUACGAAUGGAGCCCAGCGACCAGGGCCUGUCUCCUCAUUACAGCUUUAAGAAGUCCAUGAAGUUGACGACACUUUCAAUUCACCAACUUGAAAGGGGGAGCAACAGAAAGUUUGAAAUUGCCAACCGAAAUGGACUUGAGAAAUACAUCCUGCAGGCAGCUUCAAAAGAAGACAGAGAUAGCUGGUUUUCGGAAAUAAGUAAAUUAUUGAUGGAACAGCAAAACAAUAAUAAAGACCAUGAACUCCUCUUGCAGGCCAUGGAAGCCGUCUCAUUAGUCUGGGCGGCCCUCGGGCCUCCUAUUAUUGAGGGCCUGGCACUCGCACAGGUGCUCAGUAAAUGUUUGGUGAAUGAACAACCAAAAGGACUCAUUGACUAA